UCAAGCCAUGUCUUACAGACAACUACUUCGACAACUAAAACUGCGGGCAACGAUGGCCAGGCUGAGAACCUCGAGUACAUUGCUUUUGCAUUGGUUCCCGUUUUCUUCAUCAUGGGUCUCUUGGGGAUCCUCAUCUGCCACAUCCUUAAGAGAAAAGGGUAUCGUUGCACAACAGAGGCUGAAGAAGUAGAAGAAGAAAAGCUUGAUGAAAAAAUAGAAAUGAAUGAUACUAUACAUGAGAAUAGCGACACUGUGGGAGAAAUUGUUAACAUCAUUAUGAAAAAUGAAGCAAAUGCUGAUGUGUUAAAGGCCAUGGUAGCAGAUAGCAGUGUCUUUGAGCCUGAAAGCCCUUUAUCUCCUACCUCUCCUGGGAGUCCAACGAGUCCAGGCUCUCCUUUGUCACCUGGUGCUGUUCCAUUUAAACACAACUGCAAAGGCCAUCACUUCCAUACUGUUGGAGGAGUAGUAGAAAAAGAUGUGUGUACUCGUUGUAGCCACAAAAGAUGGCAUCUUAUAAAGCCAGCUCACAAGUCUAAAGAGCACAGAAGAAGUCGUCUUGGAGAAGUUACAGUCCUUUCUGUGGGAAGAUUUAGGGUCACAAAAGUGGAGCACAAAUCAAAUUCCAAAGAACGGAAAAGCCUGAUGUCUGUGAGCGGUGUGGAGAGCAUCAGCGGCGACACGGCUGUCCCACCUGCCAAGGAGGAAGAGAGCGAAGCGCCUGCUGCGCCGGGGGGGCAGGAGGGGAGGAGCUCAGAGUAA